UUCACGGACAAAAAAAUCUAUAUAGAAAUUUUUAGCGAAAGUUUUCUUUCCUUUUUAUUCCAAAAGUCUGAAAAAAAAAAUGAUUGUUUUUUUACUCUUCUACCCUUGGCGUCUGAUUUGACGUUAUUCAUUCAAGUUGUUAAAAAAAAAAAAUUAAGAAAAGAGGUUAUCUUUUCUUUUGUUACAUAUUUUAAGAAAAUUUUAUAUUUAUCUCACGAUUCACAGCUGUAUCAAUAAUCGUUGUUUUUUGCUUUAAUUUUCCUCGGAGAAAUCUUUUUUAUUAAAACGAUAUGACAAAUAUGAGUAAGGCAGAGGAACAAGCGGGACCUUCGAAACCAUCGGGAUCCGCAACAGAGGAAAAGGAAAAAGAUGAUCGAACAUUUGAAUGUAAUAUUUGUCUCGAUACUGCAAAAGAUGCAGUAGUUAGUAUGUGUGGUCAUUUAUUUUGCUGGCCUUGUCUUCAUCAAUGGCUUGAAACUCGUCCCACGAAACAAGUUUGUCCCGUAUGCAAAGCUGCAAUCAGUAAAGAAAAAGUCAUUCCACUGUAUGGAAGAGGAGCAACAAAACAAGAAGAUCCGAGAAAUAAUGUACCACCACGUCCUGCCGGUCAAAGAUCGGAACCAGAAGCUAAUGUUGGAUUUCCUGGUUUUGGUUUUGGCGAUGGAGGUUUUCACAUGUCCUUUGGAAUUGGCGCAUUUCCAUUUGGAUUUUUUACUUCCACAUUUAAUAUGGGAGAUGCACGACCAAGUACAGCACCUCGAGGCACGCCACAAUUUGAAGAAGAACAAUUUCUAUCGAGGGUAUUCCUCUGGUUGGCGAUAAUGUUUAUUAUUUGGCUACUUUUGGCGUAACAUUGCAAAAGAAAAAGAGGAACAGAAAUUAAAUUUUGAAAAAAAAAAAUCGCCGGCCGCGUGUCACAUUUAAAAAUGCCAAUAAUUGAUUUCACUGAUGGAUUAAAAAAAUAAAACAAAAAUUAUAUUUUUAACAGAAGGCAACAGAACACCCAGGAUUAUCAAGUCACAGUGAAGUGAGUGUUUUGAUAACAUUUUCAUUUUUUUUUUUUUUUUUUAAAUUAAAAUAUCCAAUUAAUUUUUGAAACAUAAAAAAAAUGUGAUAUCAUUUUACACGAUUUUAGGAAAUAUUUUUGUUUUUUUUUUUUAUUAUAAGAGCUGAGGUUCGUUUAAUGGUUUUGGAGGUACUGAUAAUUUUAUGUACAUACAUUUUUAACAGAAAAAAAAAUAAUUGAUUAUCUAGAUAAGCUGAUUGUUGUAUGAAAAAAAAAGAUUAGGUUAUUUUAUUCGCUAAACUGAUAAUUGCUUAGUAUAUAAUAUUGAGAAAAAAAAACAAAGGCCAACGCGUAUUCUUACUGAUGAAUGCAAAAGGGACUUUCAAAAUGUAUAUAAAUUAGUUUUUAAGACACAAAUAUAUACAUUAUUAUUUCAGAUAUUAAAAAAAAUAAAUAAAUUGUAUGUGUGUACAUUAUCAGUGAUUAAUUUUUAAUCAGUAUUUGAAAAUUAAUUUUUUUUUUUUGUAUAUGAAAAAGUUAGAUUGAGAAAUACUGAAAAAAAAAUUAAUUCUGAUAAAACUAAAAGAAACAAAAGUAAGAUAAUACGUAAUAAGAAAUUUUAUCUUUCAACCGUGAAAAAGGCAAAGGAAAGGAUGAUUUAUAGACUAAUUUAUUUUUACAAAAAAAAAAAAGAAAAGAAAAGAACAGCCAAAAAAUGAAAAAAAGAUCUUAACAGCAGCAACGAUAUGGAUUUUUCAAAUGAUCUUAAUUUUGAAAAAAUUAUGAUCUCUUUAUUUUGUUUUUUAUUUUAAUCAGACAGAUUUGAGUUUGUUUUUUUUUUUAUAAAUAUUAUUGAAUGUCACAUUCCAUUUAUAUAAGUUGACGUUUUAUUUUAUCAAUUUGAUAUUAUGGGACAAAUUCAGAGAGAAAGAGAAAAAGAUCUAUAAGAUCAUUUCAUUAUAAGGACAUGACGAAACAAGACUGGUUUUUUUCUUCAUCAAUUUAAAUCGAUGCCUGUAAUUUUCUUCGUGGUUGAACAAUUGUAAUCGUAACGAUGAACAAUAAAAUAAAAUUGCAUUUAACAUAUCA